CUCCGCAUCCUCCCUCUCUCCUCCUCCACAUCCCUCUUGCGGGCAGCGGCAACACCAGUGGCAGCGUCAAGCGGUGCUUUUCUGACGCACCACCCGAAGAUGAGCUUCCCUCCCGCGGGCUGACUGCCUCGACAUCCGCUGUCCACCACUUUUCCUUGCUUGCUCUUCCUCCUUUUGUAACCCGGCCUGCUUUGUGGCCCCCCGCCCCCUCUUUUGCACCGCGAGGAUUGCGCACGCUUGGCUGGGAAUUUACUUGCUGGGAGUCGUCCACCUUCCCCCUUUCUUGUUGCUCUUCAUUUUUUUGGCUCGACGUGGUGUCAGUCAUUGCUCCGCACUCCCUGCGCCUUUUUCUUGGGAAUAUUCUGCAGUGCUUUCUCUUCUCUCCCCACUGCGGGGGCUGCUGCGGAUUUUCGGCGCCCUCUUCUCGUCACCGGGGGAGGGAGGGGGGAGGUGGGGGCGAGCCACGCAUCCUGGAGUAGCUGCGCCCGGAUCGGAAACGGCGAUGCCCACCUUGUGACUUGGGGGAUCGCCCCCUAACCCGCCCCUCACCCGAGCAUGGCCCCGGCCCGGAGGGAGCGCGGCGGCCGCCGCGCAGCGCUCCUCCCCCUGGCGGCAGCGGCGGCAGCGUGCUGCCUGCUGGCGGGCACCGCGCUGGCCAAGGUGUGCAACGACCGCACCAAGCGCGGCCAGGACAACAGCUGGUUCGCCCGCAACGGCGAGAAUUUGCCCAUCAUGGUGCUCAUGCCCAUGAACGAGUCUGCGCUGAUGAGCAGCAUCAGCCAGGGCAUCGAGCCCGCCGUCCAGCUCGCCAUCCAGCACAUGAGGGAGUCCCGCAAGUACAACUUCUCGCUCAUCACUGAAAUCUACGAUACCGAGUGUGACAACGCCAAGGGCCUGCGGGCCUUCUUUGAUGCCAUCUGCUACGGACCCAAACGCCUGAUGAUCUUUGGCGGCGUCUGCCCCUCCGUCACCUCCAUCAUUGCGGAGUCCUUGGAGGGAUGGAACCUGGUGCAGCUGUCCUUUGCAGCGACCACCCCGGUGCUGGCAGACAAGAAAAAGUAUCCCAACUUCUUCCGCACAGUCCCGUCGGACAACGCCGUCAACCCGGCCGUGGUCAAGUUCCUCAACUACUACAACUGGAGCCGCGUAGGGACGCUCACACAGGACGUGCAGAGGUUCUCCGAGGUGAGGAAUGACCUCACAAGCGAACUGGAGAAGGCCGACAUCCAGAUCGCAGACACCGAGAGUUUCUCCAACGACCCCUGCGUCAACGUAAAAAAACUCAAGGACAACGACGUGAGGAUCAUCAUUGGCCAGUUUGACGAGAACCUGGCUGCCAAAGUCUUCUGCUGCGCGUACAACCUGAACAUGUUUGGAAGCAAAUACCAGUGGAUCAUUCCUGGCUGGUACCAGGGCAACUGGUGGGAGCAGGCCAACAGCACCAACUGCACCACCAAGAAGCUGCUGGCCGCCAUGGAGGGCUACAUCAGUGUGGACUUUGAGCCCCUCAGCGCCAGGCAGAUCAAGGGCAUCUCCGGAAGGACCCCGAAGGAGUACGAGCGGGAGUACAGCCGCGAGCUACGUCAGAAGGGCGUGGAGCCCAGCAAGUUCCACGGCUUCGCCUACGACGGAAUCUGGGUCAUUGCCAAGACCCUGACCCGAGUCAUGUACCUGCUGCGUGAAAAGCAGCGGGAAAGCGGACACCCCAACUUCACUGUGAACAACCACGAGGUGGGCAAGAUGGUGCUGGACGUCAUGAACGAGACCAACUUCUUUGGCGUCACGGGCCAAGUGAUGUUCCGUAACGGUGAGCGGAUGGGCACCAUUAAAUUCAACCAGUUCCAAGAGGGGCAGGAAGUGAAAGUGGGAGAGUACAAUGCCAUCGCAGACGUGCUGGAUCUCAUCAACAACUCGAUCCGCUUCCAAGGCGUGGAGCCGCCCAAAGAUCAGACCUUUGUGCAUUCGCAGCGACGGCACAUCAACGUUCCGCUUUACAGCAUCCUGUCCACCAUCACCAUUCUGGGCAUGCUCAUGGCCGGAGCCUUCCUCUUUUUUAACAUCAAGAACAGAAACCACAGACUGAUCAAGAUGUCCAGUCCCUACAUGAACAAUCUGAUCAUCUUGGGCGGCAUGCUCUCCUACGCCUCCAUCUUCCUCUUCGGACUGGAUGGCGGCUUUGUAUCCGACAACGAGUUUCAGACGCUCUGCACGGUCCGAACAUGGAUCCUCAUCGUCGGCUACACUACGGCGUUUGGCGCCAUGUUUGCUAAGACGUGGAGGGUGCACGCCAUCUUCAAGAAUGUUAAGAUGAAGAAAAAGAUCAUAAAAGACCAGAAAUUGCUGAUCAUCGUUGGUGGGAUGCUGCUGAUCGACUUGUGCAUCCUGAUUUGCUGGCAGAUUGUGGACCCGCUCAAGAGGACCGUGGAAGAAUACAGCCUGGAGGCGGACCCUCACGACAGAGACAUCGCUAUCCGUCCCUUCUUGGAGCACUGCGAGAGCACCCACAUGACCAUCUGGCUGGGCAUCGUCUAUGCCUACAAGGGCCUGCUGAUGUUGUUCGGCUGCUUCCUGGCUUGGGAGACCAGGAACGUCAGCAUCCCCGCCCUCAACGACAGCAAAUACAUCGGCAUGAGCGUCUACAACGUCGGCAUCAUGUGCAUCAUCGGAGCCGCCGUCUCUUUCCUCACCAGGGACCAGCCCAACGUCCAGUUCUGCAUUGUGGCGCUGGUCAUCAUCUUCUGCAGUACCAUCACCCUCUGCUUGGUCUUUGUACCCAAGUUGAUUAGCAUGAGGACCAACCCGGACGCCGCCACACAGAACCGCAGGCUCAAGUUCACGCAGAACCAGAAGAAAGAGGACUCCAAGACCUCCACCUCGGUCACCAGCGUCAAUCAAGCCAAUACCACCAGACUGGACGGCCUGCAGACCGACAACCACCGCCUCCGCAUGAGGAUCACCGAGUUGGACAAGGAGCUGGAGGAGGUGACCAUGCAGCUGCAGGACACCCCUGAGAAGACGCCUUACAUCAAACAGAACCACUACCCGGACGCCAACAACAUCCUCAGCAUACGCAACUUCACUGACGGCAAAGACAUCGAGCGGAGCCUGCUGAAGAACCACCUGGAGCAGAAGCCUCAAGGCCAGUGGGGUUCCAUGGAUCCUUCCAGAAUAACCAGAGGUCCCCUGGAAGACAUCAACUCUCCCGAACACAUCCAGCGCCGGCUGUCCCUGCAGCUGCCUAUCUUGCACCACGCCUAUCUGCCAUCCAUAGGAGGCGUGGACGCCAGCUGCACCAGCCCCACCGACAGCCCCGGAUCCAGCCCGCGCCACAGACACAUGCCGCCCUCCUACCGGGUCAUGGUGUCGGGCCUGUGAGCUGCGCACAGACAACGCCCUCCCCGUACACACGCACGCACGCGCACACGCGCACACAACUGUCUUUUUGUGUGUCGGUGUCUUUUCUACGGCAGACUGACUGCUAGCAUCCACGCGGAGGAGAGCCAAGCACUGUUUUGGGCCUCCUCUGGGAACUCGGUGGCCGAGCCGCUAAACACCCGCCACGGCGAGCGCGACCUUGAGAGCGAGCCGUCCCUCGCUUGCCCCGCCUCCUUACGCCGCAGGUCUUUAUCAUUUGUGAUGUUGUAAAUAUCGUCGUUACGGCCACACCGCGGGUAACAGCGACUCUGCUCGCCGUUCAGGAAACGAUCAGAUGCUAAUUGGUAGCUUUAUUUUUAUUUUUUGUGCUCAAGGCACUGGUUCUCAAAACUCUUAGUCAGAUUUUUUUUUUUUCAUAAUAUAAAGCCAAAAUACGAGAACGUCUCCAUUUUGCCACACGAAAACGCAGAUUUCGCCAAUUUAGAUUUAGAUACGACAAUUUUUACUCGCAACGAAUGAUGAAGCUCCCGAAUUGUCGUAUCACAAUUGUUGCAAUUCUACAAAUCUGUACCUGUAUGAGAUGAUACAUUUGUCAUUGCAUGACAAAGUCAUGUCACUGUCAAAAGUUCCAGGAAUGCAAGACACUAACACUAGCCCACGUCUAAAAAGUGCUGUAGCAAGCAAAAUUAUUCUACCAAAAUUGUUGAAGCCGUCCGUCCAUCUUCAGCAAUAAAAAGCACGACCCCUUUGUGGGUCGUGGAAAUUUUGACCCUUGUCAUCUGCGAGCAUAUCCAUCCCAAUCCCGCUUUUUGCCCGCCAAGGCAUCGUCGCCAAGAGGGUCCGAGCGUCAAAGCACACUCCUCUGGCCCCCGUUGCUAUGGAGACAUUUGCUUAUUUGGAGCAAAUUUGUUGUUUUUCACCAUCGGUGUCUUGGUUUUUAGGUUGUUGGUUUUUGUUUUUGUAAAAAGCGUCCGUCCAAGCGCUGUGCCUGUGGUCUUCUACACUCACCGUCAUCAUGGUGCACGCACGCACACACGCACACAAACACACACACACACACACACACACACUCGGGACAGCAGGAGUGCACUCCUUCCCUUCCCCCAGCGAGCAGAAACUGGACUCAAGUUCUGACUUGGGAACGUAAAAGGAGCAGUAGGCGAACUUUCAAAGUUUCAGUGUGGCUCCGCCCCCUUUUCGGAAUCUUGCGCAGGACUGGCGCUCCUCGCCCAGUUGAGUCCAAACAAGAAAAAUUCAGAGACGCUGAAUAAAGUCCAAGUGGACAUUUUCUAUUCUGUGACAUUCUCCGUGAUUGUGUACAAUUUGCAGAUACCUUGAGCACAGGUGUCCAUGGAUGGGAUGUUUGUUUGUUUUUGGUUGUUUUUUUCCAAUUAAUUGUUGAGGUGUUUUUCCCUCAAGACGGCAUGAAAUCAAAUGUAGACUUCACACAGGUGUUAUCAGCUGCUCGUCCUUGUGACGUUCCCGUAAAAUAAAAUAAAAAUAAUAAAAAAAAACUCAUUUUGGAGUCGUAUGAACAGGUGAGCAGACAGAAUUCAACGAUCCUUCGCACCGCUUUUUUAUUUGCCAAAUGACAUGUUUUGCUGCUGUUGUUUUUUUUAUUAUUCAAACAUGAACACAAUUUGGUCCAUCAGUUGUAGCCUUUCUGUUUCAAAAUAACAAAGGAGUGUUAACAGAGCCGCACUGACAAGGAAAAACAUACAGUAGUCAUAUGGCAAUAAAGUUGUUGGGUUUUAAAUUAAAAAAAGGAUUUUUACGAGAUGAAAAAUGAGGGGGGGUUAUACUGCAAGAUUUCAAAUAAAAGCUUUCAGAAAUUUCCUUCACUUCAUCUAAAAUUUUUCUCCCCAAAACUUUCAUAAUGAUCUUAAUUUUACUGAGAAAAUGUUACAUUCAAGCCUAAAAAAAAGCUGGUGUGGGUAAAUUUCAUCUUCAGAAACGCUUAUCCUCACGAGCAGUAGGCAGGGUGAAUCUCAUUUAAAAAAGGAAAGGAAUUGUUAAUCUCGUCUCCCUCAAAACAAUUCAAAAUACAUUUGAGUUUUUUCCUUCUCAAAGCGGCCUUUUUACAAAAAUCAAAGUGUGUCCGCAAAAGCCGAACGCACGCUACAUUCUGGAUUAAAAAUUGCUGUUUUGUCAAUGAUUGUGCUUUACUCCAUAACGAUACAUUUAUGAUGAUGAUUAUGAUUAUUCAUGAACCAACAUGCAGCAAACAGUAACCAAAACUUGCGUUUGAAUGCAACACGUUCAAGAAGGGCAAUAACUUGUUUUCUGUUACCACACAGAGUGAACUGCAGUAUAUAGAUAUUUAUAUAUCAGUAUAUAUAUAUAAAAUACAUAGAUAUAUUGAAAUGUAUAUGUAAAAGUACCAUUUCUACAUUUCUUUCACAAAAUAUGCCACCAGGAUACUUUGGAAGUCAUCUCCUUUUAAUCUUUUGAAUUCUUUUUGGGCAAACCUUAAUUUACAGUAUCUGUAACUGUUAUGUACAGAUGAGUUAUAGAUAUGGAAGCGUUGUAUAAAAGAAAAAGUAUCACAUGUUGGAAACACCUGAAUGUUCUUAUUUGUUAUUUACUUUUCUUUAUUUUCUCAGAGAGCCAUUAGUUGUUAUUCCGGACCUGAAUAUGGAGGCGCUAAUUGUGAGCGGGGUUUCAAAAGCGACCUUCUUUCUCGUCUGAAUGUUCUGGACAGGCUUUUACGUUUCACAUCAUUGUUGAAUAAAGUGA